ACUUGCAGGCUCGAAGUAACUCGUAGAGAAAUGCCUGGCUAAACUAGGCGCUAAUUUCGUUUUAACACUAAACACUAGAUUAGUAUUUCGAUUUUGAAUAAAACGUAAAGUGACAUUGCGAAAACAUAACACUGCCGCCAUUUGUGCGAUUUUAUCUACUGCCUAUCUUUUGCGCCUACCGCGAAGUGAGGUUAGAAACACAGUAGUUCAAGUGCUCUCGAUUUUGAUGGAUAACAAUCGUCCUUGGAAAUUAAAAAAUCGCCUCGAACAAUUCCACGAAGCGCUAGGUACAUUAAUUCAUUCAAAUUAACCAUGAAGUCGAUUCUAAUAACAGGCUGCAACCGAGGCUUGGGCCUGGGACUAGUUAGGAAACUGGUGACCGAACAAACGUCCCCGAAAUGUAUAAUGGUAACAUGCAGGAAUUUGGAAAAAGCCACGGAACUUCAAGAAAUUGCCAAUAAGAAUAGCAAUGUACAUAUUCUUCAACUAGAUGUCCAAAAAACCGAAACUUUCGAUAAAUUCUUCGAGAACGUUGAGAAAUUAGUAAAAGACGACGGAUUAAAUGUGCUAUUCAACAAUGCCGCUUAUUCCCCGAAAUCUACAAGGAUAAACUUCGUCAAAACUGAGCAAAUGUUGCAAACUUUCUCUAUCAACACCGUCGGGCCUCUGAUGUUAACAAAGGCUUUACUUCCCUUGUUACAAAAGGCGGCUUCAAAAAAUUCCAACCAACCCUUAGGCAUAAAUAGAUCAGCUGUAAUCAACAUGAGCUCGUAUUUAGGAUCCAUAUCUUUGAAUAAUAUCGGGGGACUCUACCCAUACAGGUGUUCGAAGGCUGCUCUAAACAUGGUUACCAAAACGUUAAGCGUCGAUUUAAAAAAAGACGGUAUUCUAGUAACUGCUAUUCAUCCCGGUUGGGUCAAAACUGACUUGGGAGGUUCCAAUGCCCCGAUGGAUGUAGAUACUUCUGUAAAUUCUAUCAUUAAUUUGAUGAAGAUCCUUUCAGUUGAACACAAUGGUGCAUUUUACACUUGGGAAGGUAAACCGAUGGAUUGGUAAAAUUUGUAUAUAUAACAUUUAAUUGAAGUGUAUAUUAACAGACGUAUUGUAUUAAUAGAUUCAUAUAUUUUAUAUUUGUUUGAAGAAUAUACCU